AUGGCUGAGACCCUGCAGACCUCACAAAACUCUGACCGACGCAAGGAACUGCGAAGCGAGAUCAACCUUUCCCUGUCCUUCAAGGAGAGUUUGAAUGAGAAGCUCUUGGACUUGCAGGACGCUAAUGACGUCUUAAGUACCAAUUUUAAGAAGACAAAACUGUUCAAGCGCGAUAACGCUGAACUACGCAAGGAAAUACUUGGUCUCCAGAACAACCGAGAGGAGAUCGCAAUUGAGCAGGACUAUAUACAGGCUCACUUCGAAGCUGAGAAGGCCAAAGUAGAGGCUAGGAAUACGCUUAGUGACAAUAUGUUUGAUAUUGAGGCUGCGAUCAAGAACGGCCGCGAGCAAGCGCGCAAGGAAGGAAGAGAAAACGAGGGUCCGGAAAUCCCGCUAAGCAUGCUACUGGAGACGGUAGGCAAGGAUGUCGGCUCGCGUGGCGGUGGGCUUCUGGCUAAUGUCAAGAGCUUCAAUGGGCUUCUAGAGAAGGCUGCCGGCUGGCUAGAAGGAAGAGCUUGA